AUGCGCGGAAUUAAAGGCCUAAUCUGGGAGCCUUCCAUCCUCGACGCAGAUCUUGGAAUUAAAUACCGCGGCCUGUCUAUCCCCGACUGCCAGCACCUCCUCCCCUCCGCGAUACCCGGCGGCGAGCCGCUUCCCGAGGCGCUCUUAUGGCUCCUCAUCACGGGGGAGGUUCCGACGUCGCUUCAGGCGGCGUCUAUCACGGAGGAGCUGAGGCUGCGCGCGGCGAAUGUGCCAGAUCACGUGUUCACGGUGCUUCGUUCCCUCCCGAAGCAUCUCCACCCAAUGUCGCAGCUGUCUAUUGGUGUAACGGCUCUUCAGUCCACCAGCGAGUUUGCCAAGGCUUAUUCUUCCGGCUCCGUGCACAAGACUCGUUACUGGGAGCCCGUGUACGAGGACGCGAUGAACCUUAUAGCGGGGAUACCGGUGAUCGCGGCGUUUAUCUACCGCCGAGUGUUCAAGGAUGGGCGUAUGAUACCGGCUGACCCCACCCUCGAUUACGCCGCGAAUUUUGCGCACAUGCUUGGAUUCGACGACCCUGGGUUUUACGAGCUCAUGCGCCUUUAUUUGACGAUUCACGCGGAUCAUGAGGGCGGGAAUGUCAGCGCGCACACCACGCAUCUCGUCGGCACGGCUCUUUCCGAUCCGUACCUGGCGUAUGCUGCGGGGCUGAAUGGUCUGGCGGGCCCGCUGCACGGGCUGGCCAAUCAGGAAGUGCUGAAUUGGCUUCACGAGGUUCGCGAAGAGCUCGGCGAAACCCCGACGAAGGAGCAGCUGGAGGGGUUCGUUUGGAAGACGCUCAAGGCGGGGAAAGUGGUGCCCGGUUUCGGACACGCGACGGGGAAAGUCAGGAACCCGUGGCCUAACGUCGACGCGCACAGUGGAAUUUUACUCGCGCAUUACGGGCUUAACGAGUCGAACUUCUAUACGGUGCUGUUCGGUGUGUCCCGCGCGAUGGGCGUGCUGUCGCAGCUGAUUUGGGACCGCGCCUUGGGAUUGCCGAUCGAGCGCCCCAAGAGCGUGACGAUCAAGUGGCUGGAGGAGCACGGCGAAGCGGCGAAAGCUCGCGAGGCGGCGAAGGCUCGCGACCUGUCGGAGAUGGUGGAAUUAGUAGAGACUGCCUCAAGGCUGUAA